AUAAAAAGGAAGAAACCAAUUGCAAUUCAAAACUUGUGACACUGGUACCAAAAUGGGAGGACGUCAUAGUUACCACUGUAGCUACGGAGCAGCGUGCGGUGGGGUCGGAAAACGAGAAGCACCAACGGAUGUUUUGACUUUACGAUCUGAAAACGGUAUGGUUAACGCUACUAGCUUAUGCUUUGCCAUCUUGGCCGUCAAGAUGUGCAUGACCAAACGCUUCGACAAACGUCCGGAGAGUCCCCGAGAUAUGGGACUAAAAAGUAUCUGGUUUGAUGGAGCAGAGGAUAUCAAAGUCCAAACAAACCUUCCGGAUAAAUUUGACAAAUCAAAGGAAACCGACGUCAUCAUUCAUGGAUACUUGGUAGAUACGUCACUUCCUGAAAUACGUGACCUGGCUGGGAUGUUAAAACAGAAAGGAAACAACGUCCUGAUGAUUGACUGGGGUAAGGGAGCCGGAGAAAACUACCGUCAGUCUUCCUCUAACGUUCAGACCGUGGGGGCAUACGUGUACAUGAUUCUGGUCAAGAACAAGAUCCCCUGGGAGAAGGUCCAUCUCAUAGGCCAAGGUCUGGGUGCCCACGCAGCGGCGGAAGCAGGAAAACUCGCCAAGGGGAAAGUCAACCGUAUUACUGGCCUAGAUCCAGCGAGUCCAUUGUUUGAAGACACGGCAUUUGGAAUCAGCAAAGAAAGUGCUAAAUUUGUAGACAUCAUUCAUACAGAUGCGAGACCUUUUGGCUAUGGAAUGAAAAAACCCUGCGGACAUCUUGACGUGUAUGUAAAUGGAGGAAGAAGACAACCAGGGUGUACUUAUAACCCGAAAAAACCUGUUAGAAUCCACGAUCUUAAAAGAGCAACGUUCGGCAAAGCGUGUGGUCAUCUUAAAGCCGUUGCUUACUACGUAGAGUCGGCUAGAGACAACUGUAAACUAAGAGCUUGUGAAUGUACCUGGAAGAAAUUUUUGGCUUCUAAAUGCAGUCGUGACAAGUGUGUGUACUGGGGUUAUGAUUUAACACAGGACUCAGGCACAUACUACGGGGUCACGGCAACUGCUUUUCCUUACUGCAGAACUGACGGAUCCGAGUAGAGUUGAACAUUUAACGAGGCUAAAAUGAUUGAUUGUAAGCCUUCAUUAUGAUUGACGAUUAUUGUUUAUCAAUAAAUGCGUUUAUCUGAA